AUGUCAAUCAAACUGCAACUGCUCAAUCUGCAAAGUAGCAUAAGCGCCACAACAAUGGUGGGGAGCAGAGUCUUCCCAGUUUAUCUUUUUAUUCUUCUCGCAAUAUCAGUUAAUCCAUCAUCACAACGAGCUGUAAUACCUGGUCAAUUGAAUGGCGGUGAUUUAAUAACCACAGCUAGUCCAUCAUCGUUAAUAAUCAAACGUCAUACUCAUAAGCCUCCGUCUACAAUAAGCACCACAACACCAUCAAAUCAAAUUGCGACGACCACUGCACUUUCACAAAUAACCAGCGUUGCUUCAACAGAAAAUCCAUCUCCUACAAAUGAUGCAUCAAAUUCAGACACGACGUCGUCCGCUAAAACCAACAUUCUCAGUAAACCAGCUGUCGUUGCUGGAAUCGCUAUCGCGGUGGCCGCUUUCGGAAUAUUAAUCGGUUGGCUGGGCUGUAUUUGUUAUACAAGACGAAAACAACGCAACAGCUCUGGAGCCACGCAGGAUCGCGGCUUAUCCGAGUGGAAAAGAGCAAGCGCUGUGUUCGAUGCAGCUCUCUUACGUCUCCCGAGAUUCUUCUUCGAAGAGGAAGAAGACGAUGGACUAACGAACAAUAUAGCCAAUGUGUCAGAGGUUGGUUCUGUCGACGGUGAGAAUACCAUACAAGCACCUCUUCGUGUUCGCUGGGUUCACCCAGGAUAA